AUGUUUCAGCAGGGUCUCUCCUGGUCUCCAACAUGGCUGGUAUUAAGUUUGUUCCGGAGGGGCGAGCGAGUGUUUACAGCUUUGUCCUGGGUCUCGGUGCGGUCUGCAUCCCGCUGCUGUCGGCUGCCGGCUCAGACAUUGCGUGGGUGCAGACCCUGCUCCCCGGAAUACGCACUAAAAUAGCAAUCGCUGUGUAUGUCGCGUCGGUGAAUGGACUGUUGCUAGUCCUGUACAAGGGACCGGUCUACCAGGUUGCAGUGCGAGCCUGCUUCCUGGGGUUUGCCUUCGGCUGUGGUCUGCUGGUGAGCUUCAGCAAGACAUCGUGGGGACCCUUCGGCUGGUACAUGUGCUCGCUGUCUUUCUUUCACUACUCGGAGUACCUGGUGACAGCGAUCAUCAACCCGCGCAGCCUGUCCCUCGACUCCUUCCUCCUCAACCACAGCCUGGAGUACAAAGUGGCAGCCGUGUCGUCCUGGGUGGAGUUCACUGUGGAGAAACUGCUCUUCCCAGAGUUGAAGCCUCUUGCCUGGCUCAGCGCGCUGGGGCUGCUCAUGGUGCUGAUCGGGGAGUGCCUGCGCAAGUCUGCCAUGCUCACCGCCGGCUCCAACUUCAACCACAUCGUCCAGAAUGAGAAGGCGCAGAGCCACGUGCUGGUGACCGCCGGGGUCUACUCCUGGUUCAGGCACCCCUCCUACGUGGGCUGGUUCUACUGGAGCAUCGGCACGCAGGUGCUGCUGUGUAACCCGCUGUGCGUGCUGGGAUACGCCCUGGCCUCCUGGAGGUUCUUCCGGGAGCGCAUCGAGGAAGAGGAGAUCACGCUCAUCCACUUCUUCGGAGAGGACUAUCUGGAGUAUAAGAGCAAGGUCCCCACGGGCCUGCCCUUCAUCACAGGAAUCAAGAUGGAGCCCUAAACACAGACACCCCCCCCCCACCUCCCACCCGCUCACCCCUCCCCGCAUACCCCACCCCUGCAUCCUAAACAAACCGCCCUCCUCACCUUCACUCCCCUGGGGACGCACACCUCACCGAAGGCUUCUGAAGUGCGUAAUGAAUUUCAAUUGAAGGGGUGGGGGAAGGCACUGACUGGGAGGUUUGGUGACCUCCUCAGGGAAGGGUCAGUUAAAACCCCUUUUUUGCCUCUGGGAUCCCCUGUCACUGAAGGCUGCAGAGUGCGCAUCAGGACUCGUCCCUUUACUUCAUCUCAGAGCACGGUCGCCAGUGGCAGCUGGGUUUGCUUUGGUUGCUUUGCCGGUUAUUCGUUGUCUUGUUGUUGCUUGGUUUCUGGACAGGGAGCUUUGUUGAAUGAACUGCAGGUCGAGGGGGUUAAUGAUUUGGGGAAUAAAUCUACAAGGGCUCAGUGGAGUUGAGAGGCGGCGUUUGAAUCGUGGUCCAUGGCAGAGAGUCUCUUCAAAUGUCCACAGCUCUGCGUUGAGUACUGUGUUCAGCUGUUGUGUUUUGAGAAAGCCCAAAGCUUGCUUACAAAAUGUUCCACCCAACACACACACACAGACAGACAGACACAGACAGACACACAGAGACAGACAGACACAGACACAGACAGACACACAGAGACAGACAGACACAGAGACACACACACACACAGACACAGACACACACACAGAGACAGACAGACACAGACAGACACAGACACACACACAGAGACAGACAGACACACACACAGAGACAGACAGACACAGAGACAGACACACACAGACAGACACACACACAGGCACAGAGACAGACACACAGACAGACAGACAGACAGACACACACAGACACAGACACACACACACAGACAGACAGACACACACACAGGCACAGACACAGACAGACACAGACACACACACACACAGACAGACAGACACACACACAGGCACAGAGACAGACACACAGACAGACAGACAGACAGACACAGAGACACACAGACACAGACACACACACAGACACAGACAGACACACACACACACACAGAGACAGACAGACACAGACAGACACAGACACACACACACACACAGACAGACAGACACACACACAGGCACAGAGACAGACACACACACAGACAGACGAGUAUUUCUUAUACCUGAUAAUGUCCCCAUUUUCGUUGACAGUGAUGUUCUCUCUUGCUGUAUUAUUUAUUUUGAUUAAAAUAAGGCAGGAACCCAGGCCUGUGGGGAUGUUUUGUAGCUUCUUGUUUUAUUGUUUAGUAAAAGCUCACUUCAAAAGGAGUUUGUGUUCAAAUCAGCUUGCUUGAAGAAAUGCAAACUCUUAUUUUUAUUUUUCUUUGCAGUGUAACCUGCACGACCACAAUGCAAACCUUUGUCAUGGACUCAGAAUGUGCAACACUUUGAGAACAGACGACCAGUUUGUUGGAAAUGUUUUUUAAUGAAUCAGGUUUUGAAAAGCCAUCUGUUGCGUACAGCGUUCCUCCCAGUGUUAAUACAUUGCAAAGUGUCACGUGUCAUUCAUCAUUUAAAAACCCAGGUGUGAUUGUAAAUAUUGACUGUAUUGGGAAGAGUUAUAUUAUCCUUUUCUAUUGUAUUUUAAUAUAAUUAAGAGAUCCAGACUCUGGCGGAGGAGGGGAUAUGCAAAUAAAGUGCUUGCAUUACUAAAUUCUUUUUUUUUUUUUUUCUUUGAGCAUUCCUAGUUU